CUGUGGAACAGAGGUAAGUAACGUCACGGAUCAGUGCAACGUGCUUGGGGUCAGCCGCAGCUUGUCUGCGGACAACAAGGCGAACGAGUGAGUGGGCGAGUGAGUGAGCAGAGCCGUUCACAUAUCACGGUCACCACUUCCACCUCAACCACAAUAUCCAUCACCGGUGAAGAAGUUAACAAUCUGGUCGGAUCCAUUGAGAAGCUGAAGCGAUAGAAUCCACGAUGACGGUUCGAGGAAUCCAGUCGUGGCACUUCAAGACGUACAUCAUCUCCUUGGGGCUCACGCUCAUGAUACCAUUACAAGUCUUUACUCUGCACACAGGCUGCGUGCAGGAGGCCGGCAUGACGCUCUGCUGGUGUGAGCAAGGUUCCGUGUGGAGCGCCUCGAUGUGCAAUUCUCUGGGACCCUGCUUCCUCCACUCAGCCUCGGCCCAAGAGAAGAGCCCCUGUGCGUGCGUCCGGCAGUCACCUCCCGACAGCGAGCGCUGCCUUCCCACCACCCAGGCUUCUUCCUCAGCAGGGCAUGCAGAUCCCGGUGUCCGCUGUCACGGGGGCGUACCCAAUGGAGCUCUCACGAGGAAAGAGAAAGGAAAAAUUGCCGAUGGGUGCGGGGAAGACAGCGGCAGUGGCGCAGAAGAAUUUCAAGGCAUUCGACGGCAUGGGGAGGGUAUCGUUAUGGUUGGCGGUGGGAGAGAGCACGACGUUCACCACGCGGACGGAGCUGCCUUCGUUGGAGGAGGGAAAGGAGACGGUGAUAAUAAAGCUUCUAUUGUCCAAGCUGAAAGAGAUUCCGUUGACUUAGUUCCACCCAGGAAAGGACACGACGAUGUCAAGCUCUCCAGGGAAGAUCGCAUUGUUCCACUGGAGGGAGACCACGUUCUUGAAGCCAAAGGAGAGGAAGGUGAGGUCAUUCGCAAGCGUAGGCAGGUUUUGCUUCCGGUCGAGGACCGCAAUCUAGAUCUCAGGGAUCAAACGGACGACUACGACAGCACGGACGAAUAUGAGACAAGUCCCAUGUCUACUUCAACAUCGUCCGCUCUGUCUUCACCAUUAUCAUUGAUGACGCCGAUCGGUUCAACGAACACUGCAGGACAACAAACUCGGAGUUCCACAGGCCAGGCGGGUCCUGGCCCCAGCAUGGACUCCACUGGGAUGACCACGGCCACCAUCGCGGACGACGGAGACAGCACCGGCGAGUAUGAGGACAGCACAGUAGCAGCGAGCACGGACGGGGACACGGCAACGGCUGGUUCUACUCCGGCUGACCUUUCGCAAUUGACCAAAUCUCCUCCAACUGAACUUUCGCCAUUGACUGCUUCUACUGUUAAUCCACAAUGGACUUCCCACACAGUUUAUACCACUGCUGAUGUUGACCCUGUGACAGACUCCACCACAGGCUCCAAUGUCACUUCAGAGAUAGUUUCUGCAAGGCCGGAUGUCUCUCUCAUUACAAAGCCAGAUGUCUCUCCCGUUACAAAUCCAAAUUUUUCUCUCAUUACAACACCUGAUGUCUCUCCCGUUACAAAUCCAAAUGUUUCUCUCAUUACAACACCAGAUGUCUCUCCCGUUACAAAUCCAAAUGUUUCUCUCAUUACAAGGCCAGAUGUCUCUCCCGUUACAAAUCCAAAUGUUUCUCUCAUUACAACACCAGAUGUCUCUCCCGUUACAAAUCCAAAUGUUUCUCUCAUUACAACACCAGAUGUCUCUCCCGUUACAAAUCCAAAUGUUUCUCUCAUUACAAAGCCAGAUGUCUCUCCCGUUACGUCACCUGCCUCUCCCAUUACAAUCCCAGGUGUCUCUUCCGUUACAACGUCCCGUGUUUCUCCUAUUACAACUCUUGGUGUCCCUUCCGUGACAAAUCCAGGCAUCACAUCAUCCACGGUGUCUCCCAAUGCCUGCAAAGAAGGCAGCUCCUCCAUACAAUGGAGAAACGUAAAACUGAGUGAUGCCAGCAUCAAUGAGGGGGACAACGUGACCCUGACUAUGGCCGAGCCAGAAGUGGUACCGGAGUCGGUGAUGUGGUGGAAUAACGGCACGGUGAUGGUGAAUGGAAUCGUGUUUACUCCGGGCUUCGCACCUGGAAGAGGACCCACACUUACGAUAAAAGGCAUCAACAAAAACCACAAGGGAGUCUAUUCUUGCGAGGCUUGUGUGGGAACCGUCCUGGUCAAGGGGAACGUGACAUUGCCAACUAUCCUUCCGGUCCCGGUCAUGGACAUUGAACGAAGCUCUUUGCCACAAAUCAGCGUCGCGUGCAAUGAGUCCACGACCCUGACCUGCUGCUUGACAUCACUGGAUGAAAAUAUCACGGUCACGUGGAAGAAAGAAACAGUGCAAAUAUCAUCAGUGACUGCCAAAAGCCUUUGUUCGAAUUACACACAUCCCAUAAGUAACCCGUGCCAGGAUACCGUAUACACGUGUACAUUCUCCAAUGAAGCUGGUGCGACUUUGUAUGCAAUUCAAGUUAAUUACAUUCGGGCCAAUGAUAAAACGUGCCCCUCGAACGACGCGUGGCCAGAGACAAAGAGGAACGGUGUCGCCCACGUCAGGUGCCCUCCGGGCUACGGGGGCACUGCCCUGCGGCGCUGCUCAGCCGACGGCGUCUGGGGUGCGAUCUUCAAGAACUGCACCUCAAAGCGCUUCACCAAUGUCGAAGGCAAAGUGCAGCGAAUGGAGGACGGCAUCGGGAACCCCACGGAGUUGGUCCCACGGCUCCUGGCAGAGAUGAAGACGAUCACGCAGGUACCAGAGCCCAGCGGCCAGGAACCAACCCUGCUGAUGGGGGAUGUGCGUUCGGCCCAUGCCUCCCUAGACAAGAUCAUAAACGUGGCGUCGGCCAGAGAUGUCCGGUUCAACAAGAGCGUAUCCAAGGAUUUCCUGGACUCUGCGAGUAAUCUCCUUAAUGGAUCCGUUAAAGAAUCCUGGUCACAGCUGGAGUUCAUGGACAGUAUGGACAGCUCAAGCCUCCUCCAGACCACUGAGGACUUUACGCACCUUAUUGAUGCUGAGGAUUUCUUCUCCAGUGCUCGGACCUUAAGUGAGGAAGGUUCAAAGAAGAGCAGGGAAGACUUUAACCUGAGUUCGAGUAACAUCUUGAUGGCUGGCUCGCUGUACCGGGCGCGUGAGACACCCACGGCGUACCACCAGGAGUUCAAGGUGGACGGGCAGACAUCGUCUGUUGACAUUGACAGCAAGGCCAUCUCAAAACUCAAUGAAAACUCCAACCUGACCAUCACCAGCAUGGCCUUCACCACGCUGAUGGACCUCCUCCCCCUGCGGCUGGCUCCGGCCCUAGCGAGCGAGGCCUCGUCUGGCCCCCCAAGUGUGGGGAGCCUGGUUCUGAGCACCGUGCUGAGCGGGGCCCAGGGAGGGGGCAGUUCCGGCAUCUCCAUGAAUCUGGCACUGAGAGGGGUGAAGGCAGGGGUACCCCUCAAGGAAACCCCCCAUUGCUCCUUCUGGGACUUCAAAUUAAAUGGCAGUGUUGGGGGGUGGUCGACCGAAGGCUGCACAACCGGCAACACCAAAGACAACGCAGUCUCCUGUAUCUGCACUCACACAACCCCCUUCAGCAUCUUACGCUUACGUGAAACAAGUCAGGGGGAUCCCACCUUUACCAUCAUUACCUACGUGUGUCUGAGCAUCUCCAUUGCAUUCCUCAUCUUUGCUGUGGUCCUGGAGUCCAUGGUGCUGCAUCAGAAUAAGCGAUAUGGCCACAAGUCCAACGGCGAGGAGAACGACGACGAUCAUGGAGGUCAUCGCUCCCUUAGCCGCGGCAUCAAACUCAAUGUCCUCUGCGCUCUGCUCCUCUCCCACGUUUGGUUCAUGGUGACCAUCUCCGACUCAAACCCAACAGUCUGCUCGCUCUCACAGUUCUUCCUCCACCUCAGCUACCUCUGCGCAUUUUCGUGGCUACUAUUGCAGGCCAUUCACCUCCUGCUCAACGGCAACGCCAUUUAUGGGGGCUUGUCUGGGCGCAAGGUGAUGGCGGCCACCUUUGCCGGGGGCUACGGCCUGCCGGUGCUGAUUUCCGUGAUCACAGUCGCCGCCACUCACUCGAGCAGAGCGUACAUGCAGCCCGACUCGUGCUGGCUCAACUGGGAUGGCAGCAAGGCCCUCGCCCUUGUCGUCCCCGUCUUGCUUGUCAUUGCGGUGGGUCUGGCGGUUGCCAUCUACAUCUUGCUGAGAGCUCGGCUCUGGGAUCACGAUGGCCAGAAGCGGCAGGAGGGUGGGGGUCUGCUGGGUGAUUCCACCACUGGGAAGGCAUGGAAGCUGCUAAUUCUCAUGACGGGGCUGGCCGUGAUCUGGGGUGUGGGAGCUUACUUCUUCAUGCCUGAUGGAAAUAAGAUUCCUGCCAUCAUGUACCUGUUUGCCGUCCUCAAUGCGCUCCAGGGGAUGAUUGUCGUAGUUUUCAACUGUUUACUGGAUGAAGAGGUGAAGCGGUUACUAAAUAGGUCUAUGAACAUUGUGAGCUACGAGGGGAUGAAAAAGAAAGAUUCGCCCCUUGUGGUCUCCGAAUACGACAUAGAGAACAACACGGUGGACGGAGUCUACCGAUUACAACGACCCAAGCAAGUCACCUGCGCGAUCUGCGGAGGGCUCCCAGAGGUGUCGUGCACCGAAUGCAAGCAGCCGUUCUGUCGUAGCUGCGACGAGAAGCAGCACGAGCGCCUCGACCGCAGGAACCACGAGCGGAGCAUGAACGGCGGACAGAGCAAUGUCUGUGGCAUCUGUGGUAAGCCGACGGAGGUGACGUGCGACGACUGCGAGGGAUCAUUCUGUUCGGAAUGCGACGACAAGAGCCAUCGGCACCCAGAGCGCCUCUUUCACAAACGCUCACUUCGAAGCUCCUCCAAUAACCUUAUGGAGAUGUAACCACCUGGGGGUUGCAGUACAGAAUGAUGAACUUAAGUAUCGAAGUCACAUUGUCAAUUCAGUUCAAGAUAAGCUCUGCCGAAACACUAAAUUGAUAAGGGGGUUUCAACGUUGUGAGUUUCUAAGUCUAUUUUUAACCAAUAACAAUGAUUAUCUUUUACCAAUUAUUGACAGAAUGAUGAAACAUUUUAAGAGUUAACACCGACAUUUAUAAUAUAAACAUCCCUAUUUCAGACACAGACCACCUGCAGGAGUGAUGACUCCUUGCAUGAGUGUUGUCAUAUCGGCCAUGUGGCAUCGGGGACAAUAUAGUGCCCAUUUUUCUAAUUGGCUUAACAAAAAUGUAGCUUGAUCGAUGUACUUUAUUUCACCAGAUUGUAACGCAUGGUGGUGUAGGUGAUGGUAGAAUGAAGGCACACCACGAGAGUUGGUUACUUCCAGCUUUAUUCAUGCAUCUAAAUUGUAUCCUGUGCUUCCUCUCUCUGCUGCGCCCAGUUCCCCCUUCCCCCACACAAGCAUCCCUUUUAAAUAUACCUCUGGACCCACCUCCUAGUCCUUACCUCAGCACAUACAUUAUGCAUGUGUAACGGGUUCCGGAGACACUUGUAGAUGUACUUCUUUAUUACAAUACAACACUCCAACAGUACUCCAACUCUCCAACAGUCCUGAUACUCUGUUACAGCCUAGCUACACAGCCUAGAUACUCUACUCUGGCUACGCUCCGGAACUCGCCCUCACAAGGUCGUAGAGUCGGGAGUUCCAGAGUCCCAGCGCUGGCUCUCGCAGCAUCCCAGGGUCUUCAGAUGGCUGGUCGUGGGUCUUGGGUCUUGAGUUACAACUGGGCCCUGAUCGUCCAGGGAGCUCUCCUUUAAUGCCUGGUCUAACGAGGGGUGGGGCCGUGUGCGCCACCAGACAUCCCACAGAGCACACACAGCCCCCCCCCCUGUUGGCGGCGCCAAAAAGGCUUAAGCGUCUGGACCCCCUGGGAACCCAGCGCCUGGCGCCCAGAGGCUUAAGCGUCUGGACCCACCUGGGAACCCAGAGCCCCCAGCAACCCCUCCCUUCUUAUGUCACUACACAUGCAUUACAUCUUUAGGCAUAUUUUACAUCUCUCUUUUUCACAAUAAACAAACUUAAUUACAACAAACCUCAGCACUUCAACAAUAACUUAAUAUUCAAAUUCUUCACAAAGGAUGAGCGUAUGAUAAAAGCACCACGCAAAUGGCUCUGUUGUUUUACAGGAGUCGACUGCUUUGUAAUGCCAAUAGUACAUUGAAGGGGGAUUAUUCUGCCCCCAUAAAAUCAAGCUACAUAAUCCCUCAGAUGGCACGGUUGAUUCACCAAUCGCCCGACCCUCGUCCUGAUCAUGGGAGCCUCGCCAUUGUGGAGCUGAGGCAUUGUUGCUGGCCCCACCUCUGCUGACAAGUUGGGCAGUUAUUGACCACAGGAAUUGGCCUCGCAGGACAGCCGCUUUGGGGAACAUUCCUCUGGGCUUCCAACAUGCCUGGUGUUCUUGACUGGUAUAUUGUGUUAAAUUGCCAAAGUUGGUGCUGGUCUUGUCAGGUGUUGCCACGACCAGUGUGUUGCUUGGAGUUGAGGCCAUCUGAGGGGCUGGUGGCACGAUGGAGGACCUGAGGGGCCAAUGACAUGAAGCCCUGUAAGUGGACAGUCACAAGUCCCGUCUAUUUUGGCGGAACUUCUCUCAAUCAUGUUCCACAACAUAGGACCUUGGAGCAUCAUGGGUCCCUAACACGGUCAUCUGCAUCCAACGCUUGUCUCCAAGCAAUGGUACCAUGUGAACCGGAUCCCAUAGGAUAACCUGUAUGUCCUUUCCGCUCUUCCGGUCAUGAUAUAGCCACUGUUUUUGUUUUGCUCGAUCCAGCCUGCAGCGCACGUCUGCUAAAUCAUAAAAUGCUGGCUGCAGCAGCUCUCUGGCAGCUGGGAGUAGAUUCCGUGGUCGACAGGACAUACGCAGCUGGGCAGGCAACGGGUUGUAGUUCUGUAAUAUGAAAGAGAUUACUUGGCCCACAUGCACUUGACUAUCUGAACAGCCUUUUCAGCUUCUCCAUUGGAGCGAGUGUAAUAUGGAGACGAUGCCUGAUGAUCAAUCGGAAACUCUUGGCAGUUGUCUACAAAUUUCCGGGAGCUGAAUAUUGGGUCCAUUGUCCGUGCGCAGCUUCUUGGCUAUUCUGUGACAGUGCAAUUGUGCUUCCAAAGCCUUGAUGGUAGCAGUUGAUGUGAGAUUGUCUAAAUGCUCCACCUCUAUAUACUUAGAGAAGUAGUCGACAGGUACAAAGUAAUGCUGACCUUCCUACUCGAAGAGGUCUGCUGCUACUUUCACCCAUCGCAGGUCUGAUUUCUUUGUCGGGCGAAGCGUUUUCAUGCUGCUGCUUACUCUGAAAGUCAUUGCAGUCUAGACAGUCGCUGACGGCAGCUUCUAUCUGGAUCAUCAUUUUAAACCAGCUUCUCUAGCCCGUUGUUUGCACUUUACUGUCCCCAGAUGUGAGGCAUGAAACUGCUUUGUCAUGGCAGGUCUCACUGAGGGUGGCACUACAAUUCUCAUUCCGUUAUAGAUUAUUCCAUCACAGAUGGACAACUCGUCACAGAAGGUCCAUAAUUCUCGGAUGAUGUGGGUCAUCUCCAACUUCGUAGCAGACCACACUUUGAGUAUAAUUGUGUUCAACUCAUUCAUCUCAUGGGCUGUGGCCUGCUGGAAAUGUGCAUAACGGGCAGGGGUGUCUUCAAUAUAGUCAACUAUGUUAAUCAGUGCUGGCUCAAUGUCUGGUACUCGCAGAUUUGCCCAAAUUAGUGCAUCCCCAAUUGGGAUCUCUGACCCUGGCUUGUAUGUCACCAAUAAGUCAUAUGGUUGCAGUCUGAGCAGCAUUGACUGCUGCCUCAUUGUGGCAGAUAGUAAAGGAUUUUCAAACAUAUAUUUAAAUGGCUUGUGAUCACUCACCACUGUGACUUGAAUACCGAAGAUGUAGUAAUGAAAGUUAUUUCAGCUGUGGAGAAUGGCAAGAACCUCCUUUUCUAUUUGCGCAUAUCUCUGUUCCGUGUCUGUCAGAGCAUGCGACGUGUACGCAACAGGGCGACCACCCUGGAGAAGUACUCCCCCUAAGGCAAAACUACUUGCAUCGCACUUAAUGAUUUUUGACAUCACAGGGUUGUAAUAAGCCAACACCGGGUUCUUUAGCACAAAUCCCUGAGCCGGUCAAAGCUCCUUUGCUGAGGCUUGUCACAACUGUCUUGCACAGCAUCUCACGCAGUGGGGCAUCUACCUCGCUGGCAUUGGGCAGGAACAUAGACAGAUUGUGUUUAGUCUUUGGAGUUGCCAUUUCUUGCACGGCUUUGACCUCAUCAUUGUCUGGCAGCAUUCCUCCAUUUGUGAUAUGGCCCAAAUACUUGACUACAGCAGACUUGGCCUGGCACUUGUCAAAGGUCAGCUUCAAGUUGUGCUUAGUCGCACUCUCCACCACCCAUUUCAUCACCUGGGUGUGCCCUUUAUUGUUACGUUCAGCUAUUAGGAUGUCAUCCAUAAUAGCUCUGGCUCCUUGCAAGUAUUCUAACAUGUCCAUAUUUUUUUGAUACAGCUCUCUGGUUUACUUCAUGCCAAAUGGAAGCCGGAACCAUCUGUAACGUCCUGCCGGUGUGUUGAAAGUAGUUAUCAGACUGAACUUGUAGUCGUGCUUAAUCUGUAAUAAUCCAGACUUGGCAUCGAUCACUGAAAAUACUUUGGCAUUUGGUGGCAUUGAUGCAACCAAUUUCUCUACUGUUGGGAUAGGAUAAUGUUCCCUUCUGAUGGCCUUGUUGAGGUCUUUUGGGUCAAUGUAGAUCCUUACUUUGUUAUUCUUCAACACUGUUACCAGAGAGCUGACCCAAUCAGUGGGCUCUGUCACUUUUGCAAUAUGAGCUUCCAUCAAUAUGACCUUCCGCCUCCAUCUCCCUCAACUUGGCUACUAUCUUAUACAUCAAGCCUUUGGCUGUCAGCAUGGCGCACGGACAACAGGUGGCACUGUUGGAUCUAUUUUAAGGAAGUAAGUUCUUGGAACUUACUUUUCUUACACUCGGGAUAUUUUCCCAUAUCAAUCACGUGUUGGACUCUCUCCACUAAGCCCAACAGGCAACUAGCAUUUCCUGAUAGCAGGGACUUCUAGUAUAUUUGUGCCACCUGAUAUUCAAGGUGGACUUCUUUUUGGUUGUACUGUGUUGCCGGCGUGGUCUUCCUAGCGACUGCGAUGGGUUGAUUGGAGUACGUCCAUGGCAUUUCAUAAACCGUUUAGAUUUGGCUGUGAUAUGUAUAAUAAUUAUUUAACCACAAUUUUUUUUUAAUAAUUAGGAUCCUUUACGGUUCAUGAUUGAUGUAAAAUAUAUAAAAACAUUUUUUCAAGUAGUUAUUUUUUUAAUUAUCAACGAUUAUAAUAUUUUAAGCACUUAUGAUCUAGCUUCAGUCAACAUAAUGCAGUCCUGCUGCAGGUUUGUAUAUACAAACGUCGACUGUAUUAUGAACAAUGCAUAUAUUUACUGUCAAUCAUUGCCCGAGCUAUUACAAUCAAAUUAUAUAUCAGCUAUGGGACCUUUUCGCCAAUAUCGUGAUAUUGAUUCCUUGUAAUUGGCGUAUAUUUGGUGUUUGAUAAUCUUAACACCUUUUGUGCUUUUGUAAUCAUGAAAAACUUUAAUACCUAAAUUUUUUAUGGUUUGUCGAAUUAAAGUUUUUUUGGGUUA